AGGCACUAGUGUUUUGGCUGGCAUGAUGCAAAUUCGACACGUCGACGAGAUGCCCAAACAGCAAAAAAAUCCUUGAUAAUUUCUGCUUGGAACGUUAAAAACAGCAAAAAUGGAGCAAAAGUAUAAUCUAAAAAGUCCAGCUGUGAAGAGAUUGAUGAGAGAGGCGAAGGAACUUCACCAACCAACUGAACUUUACUAUGCACAACCACUUGAGGAUAAUCUGUUUGAGUGGCAUUUUACUGUUCGUGGACCUCCAGAUACUGAAUUUGAAGGUGGUCGUUAUCAUGGCCGCAUCAUCCUUCCUCCAGAAUAUCCCAUGAAACCACCAAGUAUAAUGUUAUUGACGCCUAAUGGACGGUUUGAAAUUGGUAAGAAGAUUUGCCUUAGCAUGUCAGCACACCAUCCAGAAACAUGGCAGCCAUCUUGGAGCAUCAGGACAGUGUUGAUGGCAAUCAUUGGUUUUAUGCCGAGCAAAGGUGCUGGUGCAAUCGGUGCAUUAGACUACACACCCAAAGAAAGAAGUACACUUGCAAGAAAGUCCAUGGAUUGGAAAUGUAGUGUCUGUGGAAGUUCUAAUGGUAAUUCUUUGCUGGAAAAAGGCAGCGAUUUGUCCAAAACCAAAGAAGCAGAGCAAGAAAUUGCCGAAAUAGCUGGUCAAAUUGCUUUCAAGGAUGAAGACAAAGUUAAGAAAGAGAAAGAAACCAAGGYAGAGACRCCUCAACCCGCAGCACCAGCAUUAACAGAUUCAAUKCCUACAGCAAUGGGAGCAGUUGGGGAAAACUACCCWACAUAUCCCAGCAUGCCACUAAAUAACCCAUGGRURCAAACCUACCAACAACAAUUUAUGGCUGCAUACAACCCAUACUACAUGUAUAUGCUCAGCUACCCAAAUGCAUAUGGACCACAAAUUCCUACAGUCAAUAAUAACACUUCAGUGGAUUCSACAGCUGUCAAUCAAAGUCAACCAACCAAUCAAGGUGCUAGCUCAGCAUCUAAUAUUCAAGGAGUAGCCAAUCAGAACUCUUCUAAUGACUCAGGUGUUCGGCAAAGGACAGUUACUCAAAAUAAUGCACAAACUGUAGCUCCGCAACCUGUUAAUCGUGRUCCUUCCCCUAAUGCUAAUGCGGGAAUGAUUUCCUUGAUAAUUAUGUGGUUUGUUGUUGUGUCGGCACUUGCUUUCAUACUACGGAGAAUAUUUGUUGCAUAACUUUGGAGACGAURCAAUUCUGAACUUGAAAGGAGUUCUUAGACUAACUCAAAAAUUCCUGGCUGUGGAAAUAUAAUCAAGAUUUUGUUUAUAGGUUUCAUAGAUCCUCAAAUUUCAUAGCAAUGCUAGUGAUGCAAGAAUUUUAUAGAUGCUUUAUGAGCACAUUUCAAUGUGGACUAGUGGAAUAUAGUAUUAUCUUAUAURAAGAACCUUUUUGUAAGCAAAUUUAAAGAACAAGGGUAUAUAUAUAA